AUGAGCCAUCGGCUGUCCCAGAAUGCACGACACACGAAGGAUUUGCUUGAGGAACUGGAGCGUGACAAGGAGUUGGAUGUGCUUCGAGAGUACCUUACACGGUUCGAGUUGUUCCCUCGGCAACGUGAUCCCGCAGCGGCUCCAAUUCGCUUCGAAGAGUUAAAAGAACUCGCUAAACACUGGAAACUACAUCGCCAACGUAACUUCUGGAAGACCAACACAACCAAAGAAGAUCUCGUACGAACACUCUACCGCCACAUCAACACCAAGAUCAUCCCACAAGAAACUCGGGAUGAAAACAACGGCCACGCUUCAUCUCACGUGGUGAAUAGUCCAAGUGGAAUAGCACCCGCUCCACCACCACGACGCAAUUCAGGGUCUUUUAUCGAGCCACCUCGAACUCGACCCAUAAUAAAACCCACUCCACCAAGUCGAGGCCCACGCGUUGAUAACGUCUUCAGUGGAUACAGCGGCGAUCUCUUCGGACAACGUGGCAACUACGAAGAUGGGAUGAUUUACCUGUCUCGCUUUCGAAAACCCACGACGCUGUCGAACACAAUGGGUCGAGUGAGUGGGUCACUCGAUAGCGUCGUGGAUAGUAACGCGACGUUAAUCAACCGCCCCAGUAAGAGCAAAGAAGACGAAGACGAUGAGGAGCAGGAACCCAGUGCCGAUGCGCUGGACUUUAGUGCAGGACUGAGUCGCGAGAUCCGACUGAAACAGGAGUGUGCCUUCAGUAUCUACCACUUCUCAACGAUCUCUGGUCACGAACGACAAAUGGUGAGUGAAGGAUGUAUGUUGGCGCUAAGUAAGCUGGCCAUCUUCGAAGAUAUGGAGGUGAAGCGCUUCUGCGCUGCAGCCAUCUUGAACCUCUUGUGCGAGUCGGUACUUGGCACUAAAAUGGCAGACGAAGGUGUGCUACUAGCGUCUCUGGAACUGGCCAAAGCGCAGCACGAAGAAGUACGUCGUCACACGAGUAUGGCGCUGUGUCGCUUCUCGUACGAACGUGCAGGUCAGCUCCGUCUCGUACAGGAAGGCUGCGUGUCUGCUAUUCUCUCGAUGCUUAACGUACCGGAUUUGGAGACCAAAGAAGCUUGUGUCAAAGCGCUCAUCAACAUCGCGUCGUCUUCAAGCACCACAGUAGCUGAGAGCGUCGUCCACGUACUCAUGAAGCUGGCAACUCGUAAGGACCAAACCAGCUCGAAAUUCGCAGCAGAAGCCAUAUGUAACUUGUCAUUAUUGAGUGGUUCUCGAGCCAAGGUCGUCGAAGAAGGCAUCUUGGAUACAGUGUGUGAAUUAGCGCAACAAACGAGUGUUGUCGCCGCUACAGCGGACGAUUCAGAAGACGGAGGUGACGUCGGGACUAUACGUAAACAUUUGGCGACUGCUUUGUGUAACCUAUCGGGUCUUUCGGGCAACUUAGAGCCGCUAAGUCACGGCCGUAUCCUUGAGUGUCUAGGAGAGCUAUUGAAGUGCGAGAAGCCUCGAGAAGUGCGUGAAAUGUGCGCGGUUACUAUCGCGAAUAUCUCGUCGUACCCGCCAUCGCUCAAGAACUUGGCGCUUAGUGAUGCGGUAGCGAACCUCGUUGAGAUUGGAACGCACCACUCGAGUACCUCUGUCCGUGAGAAUACGUCGCUGUGUCUGUCCAAUAUGUCCGCUACAGCCGAUAGUCGAGCGUUAUUGGCGCGGUUUGGCGUCGUCUCGUUACUGCUCCGCUUUGUAGAAGAAGACGAAGGCAGCGACGCCGGCGCCAGUGCGUUGGCUCAACAGUUCGCUGGACUCACGCUUUGUAGCAUGCUGGCACAUCCAGCAGCUUGUGUGGAGAUUCUACAGAGUAACAUGCCAGCAGCGAUAGCGAGACUGGCGAUACGCACUCCAUACGACCGGGUACGGGACUUGUGUGCCAACGCGCUGUUCAACGUCUCGUGUGAGAAGAGUCUGCAUGGCGUUCUGCUACAGGACGACACGAUCCGUGCUAUUGUACGACUCUGUAGACGAAAGGGAGACGUCGAUGACGAGGCCGUCGGAGCUUCUGGACUGCCUUCCACGCCUGCAACCGCAGGGCCACCGACAGUGUUGCUACGGUACCAGGAAUGUGCACUAGGUUGUCUCCUCAAUCUCUCGUUCGCGCAGGAAAGCCGAGCUGCAUUGCUACGUGCGGACGUGGUUGCAACAUUGUCCAGAGUGUUCAACAAACCUCCAGUCAAAGCUGAUGAGCUACUGCGUCAGUGUGCCGGAGUUCUUGCGAACUUGUCCUUUGACGCCGAAGCGCGUGCUCGUAUGGUGGCAGACAACGGCGUUCGCUUGAUCCGCCGUAUCAUGAGCGCCGCGACGGCGUCAGCAGCAGCCGCAGCAGCUUCGGAUGUGCCUGUAAGCGCGUCCGCCGUCGCGAUAAUCCGCGAGACGCUGCGAUGCUGUUCAACGGCAUGUUGCAACCUUGCAGCGGACGCGUUAGAGAAGACUCCGGUGUUGGAUAUGCUCAUAGACUUGUCGGCGUCGUCGUACGGCCCUACGACGCUAACGUGUGCCAUCGCAUUCGCUAAACUGGCGUCUAGCGCGACGCACCGCGGCGUACUUACACGCUGUGCGGAGUUGUAUCCGGCACUGACUUUGAUGAUGCGCUGCGGCGUAGAGGAUAUCCAGAUCUACUCGGCUGUAGCCUUGUGUAACUUGGCUGUAGAACCGCCAGCAGCUAAGCCGGUGGGCGUACGAUACGUCUGGAAGGAAGGAACUGUACCGGAUUUUAUUGUGAACGCACUGCUACGUAUCAACAGCGACUCGACCAAGGAGAUCUGCGCGCGCGCACUGUUCAACUUACUCACGCACGACGAGUUACGCGCAGCUCAUAUCAAAGACGGCGUGCUAUACGCUCUGGUUAAACUUGCGCGGCUGGAGAGCGUAGAGAUCCGUACACUGUGCGUCACAGCGCUGUAUAACCUCAGUUGUGACCCGGCACUAGCAGAGACGUUGAUGGAACUCAAGGUGGCUCAGGUCAUCACUAAGCUCUGCGAGAUGGAGUUCAGUAGCCAGGAGAUUCAUCGCAAACUGGCUGCGUGUCUGACCAACUUGGCAGCGGAACCUAAGCCUCCGUCGGGCAAGAAAAGUAGUGAUGCUACUGCGUCAGGUAGUUCCUCGAGUAUGGCUGCGAGACUGGUAGAAAGCGGUGCGCUCGUGGCUUUGCUGGUAUUAUGCGAACACGCCGACCCACCCACACGACACGCCUGUGCCGCUGCACUCUGUUUUCUAUCAGCAUACCGAGUCAACUGCGAAGCCAUGGCUACACUCGGACUAGUGGACGUUCUCACCAAGAAGCUGCUACUUGCUCCAGUGGAUGCAGGAACUGAGAGUUCAAAUGUGGAGCUGGAGCAGAGACAACAGCACGAAUACGCACUCAACGCGUUGUGUAACAUUUCAUGUUAUCCGGCACUACACGACCGCAUGGAAGAGGCCGGCGCUGUAUCUCAAAUUAUCCGCGUUCUUGCGUUAAACUCCAACGCAGAAGACAAUGAUGAAGCGAUGGUGUUGGCGUGUGUGCAGACUCUAGCCAACUUGACUUUCCACGCGAGACACCGGCGUGCACUGCUGACUCACGGCCUGGUGUCAACGCUGCUGAGUCGGCCACACUCUCUACGAAGCUCACGCGUUGGUGAUGUCUGCGCUGAGAUCAUCGCCGUCUUGUGUGAAGACCCGUUGCAUUGGCACGAACUGAUAGCUACUGGUGCUGUCCGAGUACUACGCGAGAUUAUUCACCUCUCUGAUCGUCCUUCUUCAGUCUCUCAGACUGCGCUUCGUGCUUCUAUCUACGCUCUCAGUCAACUGGCUCGCUGUGAGAAGUCUGGAGUGAGUGUGAUCGCGGAUGGAGCCGUGGACGUGGUGGCGUACGCGCUCGAUCUCAGCGACGACCUGGACAAAAAGGCCCAUGAAGCUCGUCAAGAAAUGGCUGAGCGGUGCGCUGUCAUUCUCCGUGCACUGUCGACUCAAGGAGAGCCUGUUUGCCUCCUGCUCAUGCGUAAUGUACGCCUCGUGCCGUUGCUUAGUACUAUCGUGACUACGUGCUGUCCCGGUCGUCGCCAGAUCCAGGCUAGUAAGCAUGUUAUCCUGGCCUUCUACAACCUGACUUCCUGUCGCGUCAGUGUUGACGAUAGUGCAGACGAGAGCACAGGAAAUGAAGGUAUGCGCGGCUUGGACGCCAUGGUGAUCAGUGGUGUCGUACCGUUGCUUAUUCGCCUCUCAACGGACGGUGGCAGUGACAUGGCGCCGGCAUGUGCCGUUGCACUGGCACAUGUUAAACAUCGUAUCAAAGAGAGACUAGCGAUGAUCCAAGCGCAUGAAAGCGAAGGCUCUGAUCUACCGAUAAGAAGAGAGUUUGAAGAGAUGGAUAACCUGAUGGAGGCCGGCGUCGUGACGGCGUUGUUGGCCAUGUUCGAACUGGACCCGGCCGGCAUCCAACGCGUCGACCGGCUAGCCGCCGCGAUGCCACCGGCACUUCCCGUCCUCCGUGCCGCCACGGAAAAGGACUGGAUCUUCCUACCCGGCUGCACGCUACGGUACGAGACGCCAUUGCCUGUAUGCUGGGACUUCCGCAGUUCGGCCAUCGACGACGCGCGGUUCGUGCCGGCCGAGCCGCGAUCAUUCCUGUCCGUCCUCGCGCCGGUUGUGCCGGCGUCCGGCGCUACCAUUCAAGACAAACUGUUCGGUCGCUUCCAGAUCCUCAAAGUGCGUCCGAAUAAAUGUCUGCUACGUCUUGAGAACUCGCGCUUCGCCAAGAUGGCAACGGCGUUAAUGGGCCAAACCGGGUCGGCAAGAAGCAGUGCCAGUGACCUGUCGGACGCCAUCGCGAUGGCUAUAGGAGACGAACACGAGGACUCGUCUCACUCUAAAGCAAACAGCACCCGGAACAGGUCGAUAACCGGAGCAACAGACGACGAAGCUGAAAGCGAGACGCGGAUGCCGUCGCCCGUGAGAAAGAAACCCACGGGGCGACAGCUGAUGGCGAUAGCUCGAUCUAUGAGCAACCGAGGCAACGCCGCGUUCGGUGUUGCCUCUAACGCGGACAAUUCAUCCAGACGAGUGUCUAAACCUUCGCCGCACACGAUCACACGUCGUCCCAGUCGGAAUUUGAGCCACGAGAACCACAAUUCGACCAUGAACAGCACACGGAACCUCAGCAACCACAGAGACUCGUCUCAUCGACUUAACAGCGACAGCUCCGGUGUCACGUUGCCCAGGAUCUCAUAG